CCAAGACCAGUGCACCAGGACUUGUGUUUCCAGCUGGACUGGUUAUAAUUUUACUUGUCUUCGGUUCAUCAAUGAAGAAAGGCUCUGGAUUGAAGCUGAGAUGUACUGUCAAGCCCUCAUACCUGGUGGUCACCUCGUUUCAAUACACAGCAAGGAAAAUAAUGACUUUGUUUUAGAAUUGGCCCAAAAGGAGGGUAGUCCACAUCCAAAAAUUUGGAUUGGUAGCUCUGAUGUGUAUGAGGAUGGUACAGAGUUUUGGACUGAUGGAUCCAGAUGGGAUUAUCAUUAUUGGCCUACAGGAAGACCCGUUGCUGGCUUACUGUGCAACACCAUGAUUCUAACUCAGAAUGCUGGCUUUUGGAGUGAUGAGGAUUGUACCAACAGCAGAUUUCCAUUCGUCUGUAUUUCCCACGUGGACCUUAAUUAA